UAAAUUAAAGAAAAUAAAACAGAGCAAGAAACAAAAAAAAUUGUAAAGAAAAAGAAAAAAAUAACUUUUGUAGUGUUGUCUAUUGAAACCAGAGAAAAGCCAAAGGGGAUGCAAUCAACAUCCGUCGGUAGUAGCGGCGGUGGAGACGACGGAGAAAGCAGAGGAGGAGGAGGAGGAGGGGGGCUGAGUCGAAGUGGACUGUCUAGGAUCCGUUCAGCUCCAGCGACUUGGCUUGAAGCUUUACUUGAGGAAGAUGAAGAAGAGUCUUUGAAACCUAAUCUUGGUCUCACCGAUUUGCUUACCGGGAGCUCGAACGAUUUACCGAUAAGUCGUGGCUCGUUUGAGUUCCCUAUUCCGGUUGAGCAAGGGUUGUAUCAACAAGGUGGGUUUCACCGACAGAAUAGUACUCCGGCGGAUUUUCUCAGUGGUUCUGAUGUAUUUAUCCAAAGCUUUGGGAUUCCGGCGAAUUACGAUUACUUAUCCGGGAAUAUCGAUGUUUCUCCCGGAAGUAAACGGUCUAGAGAAAUGGAAGCACUCUUCUCUUCUCCUGAGUUUACUUCUCAAAUGAAAGGAGAGCAAAGCAGCGGUCAAGUUCCUGCCGGUGUAUCAAGCAUGACGGAUAUGAACAUGGAGAAUCUUAUGGAUGACUCGGUUGCCUUUAGGGUUCGUGCUAAACGUGGUUGUGCCACUCAUCCUCGUAGCAUUGCCGAGAGGGUACGAAGAACGCGAAUAAGCGAUAGGAUAAGGAAGCUACAAGAGCUUGUACCUAAUAUGGAUAAGGUAACCAACACUGCAGACAUGUUAGAAGAAGCUGUAGAAUACGUGAAAGUUCUUCAAAGGCAGAUCCAGGAGUUAACAGAAGAACAGAAGAGGUGCACAUGCAUUCCUAAAGAAGAACAAUAAGGUCUGCCCCUGAUUUGUGGAUAAAUGGCAAGGAUCUGAUCGAAAAAUUCGAAAGAUGAUCUUAGCUUGAGUUAGAUGGGUGUGUCAGGUUGAUAAGUAUAGUAUUUGUUAAAUGGAUGUAGGUGUAAAAUAUUUUUUUUUUGGUACAAUAAUGAAGAAAGUUAACAAAUUAAUGGUAACACAUAUAUAUUCUUUAUAAGAAAUGACUUUUGAGGAUGUA